AGCGUUUGGGGACGGCAGCCGCUACGUACUGGAGGGGAUAUCACGCGAGGAACCAAUCACAGAGCUUGAGAUGGGGGUGACAGGGGGGAGCACGGUUCGAAGCUGCUGUGGAAAGGUACCUUGCCCGUACCAGGCCCGGGCUUGUUUAGUGCUGGCUGCUGCUGUACCAAAGGGAAGCUUGCGGCUGCGUAGGCCGAGUGCUUGCCUAACCACCAUCAACCUGCCUUUUCAGCCUUCCGCCGUCACCGUUUGUUACCUGGACCUCCAAGCUCCCCUCCAUCCGUCCAUCCAUCCAUCCGCCACCACCGUCACAACCUCAGCAUCCCGCAUUCUCGAACUACGACAAACCUCAUUCGACGACUGCCGAAAGAUUUCACCUGGUCAAUUAGGCCCAGCCGCUUUCUCUCUAUUUCUGUAGCAGCUACGCACAUACAAUACCGCCAAGAUGUUUAUGGCAAGAUCUGAAUACGACCGAGGAAUCAACACCUUCUCCCCGGAAGGUCGCCUCUUCCAAGUCGAAUACUCUCUCGAGGCCAUCAAGCUCGGCUCCACGGCUAUCGGCGUUGCCACCUCCGAGGGCGUCGUUCUCGGCGUCGAGAAGCGCGUCACUUCGACCCUGCUCGAAACCUCGUCCGUCGAGAAGAUUGUCGAGAUCGACCGCCACAUCGGCUGCGCCAUGUCCGGCCUCCAGGCCGACGCCCGCUCCAUGGUUGAGCACGCCCGCGUCGAGUCCCAAUCCCACUCCUUCAACUAUAACGAGCCCCUCCGCGUUGAGUCGUGCACUCAGGCCAUCUGCGACCUUGCCCUGCGCUUCGGCGAGGGUGCCGAGGGCGAGGAGACCAUCAUGUCCCGGCCUUUUGGCGUCGCUCUCCUGAUCGCCGGAUACGACGAGGACGGCCCCCAGCUCUUCCACGCCGAGCCCAGUGGCACCUUUUACCGGUACGACGCCAAAGCCAUUGGUUCCGGUUCGGAGGGCGCGCAGGCCGAGCUGCAGAACGAGUACCACAAGUCACUGUCAAUCACGGACGCCGAAACGCUGGUGCUCAAGACGCUGAAGCAAGUGAUGGAGGAGAAGCUCGACUCGAAAAACGUCCAGCUGGCGAGCGUAACGAAGGAGAGGGGCUUCAGAAUAUACACGGACGAGGAGAUGGCCGCCGUGGUAGAGAGGCUCCCUGCGAACUAGAGGUACCCGCAGGUCGAGGAACAGCAUUGAGGGCGGGGUACGAUUAUACGAAAGUUUAGAGGGCUGAAAGAUGCGCCAAAAGGAGAGCAAGCGAAAGACACAUGGGAACUUUUUCUGCUCAGGCAAGAAAAGGAAAAAAAAAUAAAACACUACCCUUGCCCCUGUUUACGAACUCUGGUACCAGACGUAUAGACGAUUUCCACAGUGU